CGUCCAACCACGCAUCCAUCCCGUGCUCUACCAACAAGACCCCGCACAUCGUACCCACUCUCAAACCUUCCCAUACAUUAACCCUCAAUCCAUCGCAUCAUUGUCGCAAACAACAAACGCAUAUCAUGGCGCCGACCCUCUAUCCCCGCAGCACUGUCAAGAAGAUAGUCAAGGCGCAUUCCAACAGGCCAUUGAGCAAGAAUGUGGAUAUACUGAUAUACCUGAACUAUGCGCUGUUCAUGCAAGAACUCGUCAACGAAGCGAGCAUCAAGAGCAAACAACGGGGCGAGCGGAGCAUGUCCGCCAAGAGCGUCAAGAGGGUCAGCGAGGAUGUGUUGAGGAAGUACAAGGGUUGAGCGUAGUGGGCUUGAGGGUAUGGGCGUGGCGCCUGCGGGUGGAUACACUGCUUGUGGAAGAUGAGAUUUCGACAGAUGGCAUGCUGUCAUUAGACUGGAUUUUGUCGACUGGCCGGUCAACUGUGGAGGCGUUUUGGAGGCUUUGUUUUGGUGUUCGUGAUACCCGGGUAACUAGUGCAGGUGCAAUGGAAGGCAAGUGAUAAUUGAUUGUCUUGUAUUGGAAAAUUGCUGCUACAUUCUCAUAAGAAAC